ACACGAAUUCAUGAUCAAGUCAACAUGUUUCGAAAGAUGAAUGAACAUAAUAAAAUUAGAAAGUCUCCUCCUCUUAAGCUCCGUUGACCAACAUCACUAUCCAAUAGAUUCAAACCACGUAUAACAAUUUACAUUAUAACCAACAUGAAUUACCUAAAAUACCCCUAUCAUUCUCCCAAAUUACCCCAUGGCCCCCAUCACCUCCAAUGGCUCAAAAUCUUCAAAUCUCAAGCUCGUUCUUCUCAAAACACACUCUCUCUCCUCUUCUUAAGAUCUUCAACAUUCUCACUCGAAAAAAAUAAAAACUUAUUGAUUAUUUUUUUCUUGAAUAUAUUUUAUAUUUUAAUUUGGAAAAUUCGUGGAAGGAAACCUUAAACCGCCCGAAAGAGGAGAAGAAGCGGUGCAAGGCAAGGAUUCUAAGCGUAAUAAAACUUAACCCAAUUUUUGCAAUUUUAAAGAAUUUUGAUUUGAUGCCAAAUUAAUCCAAUUGGGUUUUCUGGGGUUGUUAUAAUUAUCAAUUCAAAUGAUGGGUUCUUGAUUUCAAUGUGAUACAACCCGACCCGACCCACCUGGGAUCUUACAGCAUCUGGUUUACAUUGAAUCAAGAACAAUGGUGAAGAUUUGGAGUUGGGUUUUGGUUAUUUCGAUUCUUUUAUCGGUUUUUGCAAUUGGGUCUUCUUCAAUUGAUGAUUUCCAUCAAGCGUUUCCCAUUGUAGAACCUGAUCCUGGUCAUACAAAAUUACGCCUUUCAAUGGAGGGAUUGGAGGCCAUUAAGAGAAUAACAACACCAAUUUCCGCUGUUGCUGUGAUUGGACCCUAUAGAUCUGGCAAAUCUUUUCUACUUAAUCAGCUCCUGUCACUUUCUUGUAAUGAAGGUUUUGGGGUUGGACACAUGCGAGAUACUAAAACCAAAGGAAUAUGGGUGUGGGGAAUGCCAGUGGAAAUGAUGGUUGAUGGUGUCAAGACAUCUGUACUCUACCUUGAUACAGAGGGAUUUGAAAGCAUUGGUAAAUCAAAUGUUUAUGAUGACCGGAUUUUUGCGCUGGCUACUGUAAUGAGUUCUGUACUUAUCUAUAACUUGCCUGAGACGGUGCGUGAAGCAGAUAUAUCACGACUUUCUUUUGCUGUUGAGCUUGCUGAAGAAUUUUAUGGAAGAGUAAAGGGCGAAGACGUUGCUUUUGAACCUGCUAAGCUUCUAUGGCUAAUACAACGUGAUUUCCUACAAGGGAAAUCUGUGCAAGAAAUGGUAAAUGAAGCUCUUAGGCGUAUCCCCAAUCAAAAUGAUGACAAAGAUAUUGAGCAGGUUAACCAGAUCCGUGAAUCAUUGGGUGUUAUGGGUGACAGCAGCACAGCUUUCAGCUUACCACAGCCUCAUCUACAGAGAACAAGACUCUGUGACAUGAAUGACACUGAACUUGAUCCUGGCUAUGUGAAAAAGAGGGACCAGAUGAAGGAGCUUGUUGCUUCUAUUGUUCGACCAAAAAUUGUGCAGGGUAAAAUGCUAAAUGGGAAGGAGUUUGUUUCUUUUCUGGAACAGAUUAUUGAAGCUUUGAACAAAGGAGAAAUCCCUUCCACUGGAUCUCUUGUUGAGGUUUUUAAUAAGAAAAUUGUUGAGAGGUGUUUGAAGUUAUACAAUGAAAAGAUGUCUAUCUUGAAAUUGCCUCUCUCUGAGGAUUCGUUGAAAAUAGCCCAUGAAGAUUCUAGAGAUGCUUCCAUGAAAGUUUUUGAUCAACAGCAUUUCGGUCGUAAUCAUGCUAAGAAAUCAGUUGAUCAAUUGGAUGAAGAAAUUAAGAAGGUGUUUGAGAAUUAUGUAAUGGCAAAUAAAUAUGAAUCAACAAAACUUUGUGAGAUGCUGUAUACAACUUGUGAGGACAAGAUGGACCAGCUUCAGGUGCUCAGACUUCCGUCCAUGGCUAAAUUCAAUGCAGGAUUUCUGAAGUGCAAUGAGAGUUUUGAACAACUGUGUGUUGGACCUUCAAAAGUCAACUAUGAACAACGGAUGAUGAAGAUGAUGGGAAAGUCGCGUUCUCUAUUUAUUAAGGAAUACAACAACAGACUUUUUAAUUGGUUGGUUGCCUUUUCUUUGGUGAUGGUGGUGGUGGGGCGAUUUAUCAUAAAGUUCUUUUUGCUAGAGAUUGGUGCAUGGAUCAUGUUCAUUUUCUUGGAGACAUAUACGAGGAUGUUCUGGUCAGCAGAAUCUCUAUAUUACAAUCCCGCGUGGCACAUCAUUGUAGGCACUUGGGAAACAGUUGUUUACAGCCCGAUCAUUGAUUUAGACAGGUGGGCAAUUCCCUUGUGUGUUUUCGUGGCUCUAUUUAUACUCUACUGGCGGUGUUAUGGGAGGAAGAAGAACUCGUCUAGGUGGUUGUUACCUUUGUACAACAAUCAAAAAAGUAGUUCAAAUCGGUCAAGAACAGAUUAGUUAUACCCAUAUUAUGUAUACCGUUAAGAUUCUCUUGAUUUGUUCAUUUGGGCGAGCCUUUGAUUUUUCAUAUAUAGAGCUCUCUCAUCAUACUGGGAUUUUGGGGUGCUUCAUGGACCCUUUAAAUUACCAUAGUGGCAUAGUUUAUAAACAGGUAUCAGGAUCAGACGUUAGGCACUGUCGGCUUCGAUUGUGUUUAUUUCAAUUGUAGCAUACCACCCCAUAUGUAUGAUUAUCAAAAUUAAUGAAAAUGUUCUUUUUGGACUACA